AUGGUUAUUAAGGAGUGUUGUACAGCCAUGCUUGUUAAUGAAAUGGACAUUUCUCGUCUCAUGGUUCAUGUUCAAGAGAUCAAAGAGGAGAAACCUAAGGAAAAGUCUAGGGAGACAAAGAGGGCGAAAACUGGUAAUUGUAAUUUCUCUCAUGCAAGGGUGUCUAACCCUAAGCCUCAAGGAGGAAAUGGUAGUGGGUCCUUAUUGCCUACUUGUGCUAAUUGUGGAAGAAAACAUAAUGGUAAAUGUCUAGCGGGUUCCAAUGCUUGUUUUGGUUGGGGUAAGAUGGACCACAAUAUAAGAUAUUGUCCAUAUGUUGCUAAGAAUGAAGAAGAUAAUCACCGAAGGGCUCAAGAUAAUCCUUCAUCUGGUCAAAGUUGUUCGGGUCCAAAUGCUCCUAAGCAAAACAAAUUCUAUGCACUUCAGACUCAUGUUAGGGUGAGGGAUGUGGAUUCCGAAACCCCUACUCUUCAGUCAGUCCUCGUAGUUAAUGAUUUUUUGGAAGUGUUCCAAGAUGAUUUACCCGGUAUUCCUCCCGAAAGGGAAAUAGACUUUGGUAUUGACCUCUUCCCAGAUAUGCAACCUAUCUUCAUUCCUCCUUAUUGA